AUGGAUUCGGGACCGGAGGAGCUGAUGCCGCGGCUCCUGCCUGUAGGGGACUGCGACCUCUCCGAGGACUUUGACCCGGCAGUACCACCGCGGACGCCGCAGGAGUAUUUGAGGCGGGUGCAGAUUGAAGCUGCACGAUGUCCAGACGUUGUGAUUGCACAGAUCGAUCCAAAAAAAACUAAGAAAGAAGCAAACUGUCAGCAUAGCACUCUCGGGUUGCCAACCUGCCCCUGAAGGUUAUUCACCAAGUCUUCGUUGGCAGCAGCAACAAGUAGCUCAGUUCUCCGCAGUCCGACAGAGUCUUCAUAAGCACAGAAGUCAUUGGAGUCCCAGCCUUUAGAUGGCAAUGUUACAAUGCCAAGCACAGAGGAUGAAGAAAGCUGGAAGAAGUUUUGUCUGGGUGAGCGGUUGUAUUCUGACCUGGCUGCUGCUCUGAACAAUGAGAACCAGAACCCAGGUAUCGAUUAUAUAAAGGUUGGAUUUCCACCUCUGCUGAGUAUUGUCAGUCGUAUGAGCCAGGCAACUGUUACAAGUGUGUUGGAGUACCUUGUGAACUGGUUUGAAGAGCGAGACUUUACUCCAGAGCUGGGUCGUUGGCUGUAUGCCUUGCUUGCCUGCUUGGAGAAACCACUUAUGCCAGAGGCUCACUCCCUCAUCCGACAACUGGCACGCAGGUGCUCUCAAGUCAGAGCAGGAGUGGAACACAAGGAGGAUGAGAGGGUGUCUGCUUUAAACUUGUUCAUCUGUCUAGUUGGCAGGUAUUUUGAACAAAGAGAUCUGGCAGAUUCUGGUAAACCUUCCUGA